GAUCACAGCAUUUCCCAGGUACUCCUGUCUCCUCUGCCUAUGGAUGCUGCUGGCACCAAGGACACAGCUCCUCUCCCAACACCCACCUUUGUGGAAAUAAAAAUCCCCAAGCAGCCCAACACGUUUUCACCCAGGAGUGCAAACCAUGACUGAACGCCCAAGGCCUAGACGCCCAUUCCGCUUCUCCCUCACCAAAAAGAUGUCCAACAACACAACAGAGGCCUCCAGCAGCGCUCCCCGAGCCCUCCUAGGCCUGUUCCUGGGCAGCAUCUCCCUGAUCACCAUCGUCAUGAACAUCCUGGUGCUGUGUGCCGUGAGGACGGAGAAGAAGCUGCAGACCGUGGGUAAUUUAUACAUCGUGAGCCUCUCCAUCGCCGACCUGAUCGUGGGGGCGGCCGUCAUGCCCCUCAACAUCGUGGACCUGCUGAGCCCCCGGUGGCCCCUGGGGCUGGCAGCCUGCUUGUUCUGGCUCUCCAUGGAUUACGUGGCCAGCACGGCCUCCAUUUUCAACCUCUUCAUCCUGUGCGUGGACCGGUACCGCUCGGUGCAGCAGCCGCUCCGGUACCUCAAGUACCGCACCAAGAUGAGGGCCUCACUGCUUAUCCUGGGGGUCUGGCUGCUCUCCUUCACCUGGCUCAUCCCCAUCCUGGGCUGGCACGUCUUUGCCAACAACGGGCACAGGACGGUGCAGGGGAACAACAAGUGUGAGACGGAGUUCUUCGAGGUGACCUGGUUCAAAGUGCUGGCGGCCAUCCUCAACUUCUACCUGCCCUCGCUGCUGAUGCUGUGGUUCUACUGCAGAAUCUUCAGCGCUGUUCGAAAGCACUGCCAGCACAGAGAGCUCAGCAAUGGCUCCUACUGGUCCUCAGUGGAAAAAGCCACCACUCCUCAGACCAAGACGAAGGAUGGGAAAAAUAUCUGCCUCCAGGAGCAAGUCGUAGGUGGGAACACCCCCGGUGCAGACAAGGAAAGCUCCCCAGAGCCCCAUAAAGUGGAGGCAGAGCUUUGUUUCAGCUAUCCUGACAGAGCUUCAAAGGCCCUGAGUAAUGGGAAAGUCCUGAACUGGAGCUGCUUCUCUCUCAGCACAGCCAAGGCUGAGCCUGGCUUGGAUAAAGCAGAGAAGAGGGGGGUGUGUGCCACAAAAGAAAUUGCUAAUGAGGAGCAGCCCGGCUGCCAGGACAGUGACUCCAGCGGGGCAUCAGACCACCACACCUUCACUGAGGUGGCAGAGCCCAGCCCCAGAGGAGCCUGCUGUCCUCAUGGGAGGACAGAGCGCAGGGACUCGAGGGGAAUGGCAUUCCUGAGGAAAACCUGGCACACGCUGCACAGGCACUCCAGGAGCAUCCACUGGCACGGCAACAGGGAGAGGAAGGCAGCCAGGCAGCUGGGGGUGAUCAUGGCAGCCUUCAUGCUCUGCUGGAUCCCCUACUUUGUGCUCUUCAUGGUGAUAACCUUCCACGACCACAAACAGCUCUCAGAGCUGCACAGGGCCACCAUAUGGCUGGGCUACAUCAACUCCACCUUGAACCCGUUCCUCUACCCUCUCUGCAACCAGAAUUUCAAGAAGACUUUUAAAAAGAUCCUUCACAUUCAUUGAUGCUGGUCUGGGGUUUUGGAGCUCAAGUGCAGCUCAGGAUUUUGACCAAACAAAAUGUUCUGGUUCCAAGGGAUGGGUACAGUGAAAGACUUUGGCAAACUGUAAUCUGUAAAAGUGGGAAAUGUGCAUUUAAUAGUUUUAACACAUUUAAAGAGCAACUUCAGGUCAAGAAUCUGAAAAACUCAAGGUCAGUACAUGAACUGUUACACUGUUGUCAACCUUUCACCACUUGAUACCACCACUUCCUUCACAGAAACCUCUUCAGUGAUUAUAAAUUAUUCAGCUACAGAAAAGGAAGAAAUCACAUUUCUGUCAUUGGCCAAAAACAUUUUUCUCUUUCAAUUUACUCCAUAACCACAUUGCUUGUGAAGUGAGAUUUGCAAGUGGAGGUACUUUGCACAGUCAAAGAAAGAACUUGCAACUGUCUAAAAAACUCCCCUAUUUAUUUAUAGCUUCCUCCAAAGUACAAACUUUUCAUCAAAUGUCAAGUUUUACUGUGUAUCCUACUGUAUCUCUUUGAUAUCAUGCUUAUAUUAACUGUACAUUAACUUUGCUGGAAAAAAAGGUAGAUUUUUUUAUGUCCCAAAAGAGUUUCCAUGCUCAAUAUACUGUCAUCAUCUGCUCCAGAAGGGUGUGCUGCUGUUUCUAGACUUGCAGAAUAUAGUUGAUUAUACAUUAAAUAUGUUUACCUUUUCUACCCUUUGCAUUUAAUUGUAUUUCAUAAAUCUUGCUGUUGUAAAUUUCAGCAGAAAAACACAAUAAUUUAAUAUUUGGUAUUGGAAAAGAGACCAAGAAGAUGCUGAAGUACAACUGAAAGCUGGGCUGGCUUGGAUGUUACGAAGAAAAAAGAAAUUCCUCUCAUUGCUUUUGCUGUGCUGCUGAAUUUCCCACAUUCUGAACAGUUUCUUAAUUGUAUUUAAAGGAUUCAUUAUUAAAUCAACCCCUAAAAUGUCUGCAUUUUAAUACAUUGGGGAAAUGUGCUAAAGGAAUAACCUUAAAUUCAGGCUAUAUCAGUGUAUCAUGCAAGGUUCAGAGAUUAAUUGACUUUGGUUUCAAGUUGCACUCAGGAAAAACUGCAAUUAGGAAAAUUAAAUCUAGGAGAAAUAAGGCAAAAUGCAGAGAGAGAACAUAAAACCAACAAAAUUCUUUGCAGAAUUCAGACAACUUUUUCACUGCAGGAGGAACACCUUCACAAGGAGUGAAAUGCACCUUUUUGGAGUAGAGAACAGAACCUUUUGAAACACAUUCCCUAAUCCCUGGCCUUCCACAAACAAUUGCUGAGGUUCACAGCCAUUAAAUUGUUUUUUUUCCUAUUCUGAUUUGCAACAGCAAUUCUGGCCAGAAUGGAUGGUAAUUUAGAUGAUCCCUGAGGAAAUAAAAGUCAGCCACAGUUAUUAGUGCUGAAAAACACAUUUACCUAAGGGCUGCUGAGAGUUAUCAAGAAAUCUAUCCUGUUGCUCAUGAAAAUUGCCUUUCCUGACCUUAAAAUGUGCUAAUACGUGACAAAACCUCAGCAAGAUCAUUGAAAAUUGGUCUAAAAAUGGUGGUGAC